AAUGCAGGGUAAGACUCCAUACAAUAAACUCUCAUGGUCCGACAUUUCCCCAAAUUCCGCUUAUAACGGGAGCCUAGUUCAAUGGGCGGGCCUUUAAGACAAAGGAAAUAUCAUUCUAGAAUUGUGCACUGCUGGCGGAGGUACAUAUCGUGACCAUGCAUGAUCACAUCAAUAGCUGUCCUGUAUGCCCGCAUAGUUUUAAGUCUAUUACAAAGUCUUCAUUAAAGAGUUAUAUGAAGAUUAUUAUGAUUUUAUAAUAAAGCAAGUUAGGUUAAAAGCUCUCUUAUGUCGCAAAUCUUAAAGACUUAAAUUACUGGUAGCAAAUUUUGUUAUUAGCCAACCCUUAUAAAUAUCUGCCCAACCACAUUAGUUCCUUGUCUCAAAGUACCACAUAUCUUCACUCCUAUCCCAUAUCUCUUCCUCUCUCUCCUUUUUUCUUCAUCUUUAAAAAAAGAUGGAUAAAAAACCAUGCAACUCUCAAGAUGUUGAAGUAAGGAAAGGACCUUGGACUAUGGAAGAGGAUUUAAUUCUCAUUAACUACAUUGCUAAUCAUGGUGAAGGUGUUUGGAAUUCCUUAGCUAAAUCUGCUGGUCUCAAACGUACUGGAAAAAGCUGUCGGCUCCGGUGGCUAAAUUAUCUCCGGCCUGAUGUCCGGAGGGGAAAUAUUACACCUGAAGAACAACUUUUGAUAAUGGAACUGCAUGCUAAGUGGGGAAACAGGUGGUCAAAAAUUGCAAAGCAUUUGCCUGGAAGAACAGAUAAUGAGAUAAAGAACUAUUGGAGGACAAGGAUUCAGAAGCACAUAAAGCAAGCAGAAAACAUGAAUGGACAAGCAGCUAAUUCAGAGCAAAAUGAUCAUCAAGAAGGAAGCAGUAGCCAUAUGUCGUCUGCUGGUCCAGCAGAGACUUACUCUCCAAGUUCAUACUCUGCAAAUAUUGACACUACUUUUCAAGGCCCUUUUCUCACUGAAACAAAUGACAACAUUUGGAGCAUGGAGGAUAUCUGGUCCAUGCAAUUGCUUAACGGCGAUUAAGUAUGUUGUUGAAUAUUUUUAUUUGAGUUAAACCCCUAGAUUCAAACCCCACUUAGUACGUACUAUAAAUUUAAGCUGCUAGAUAUAAAUAGCUAGCACACUAUAUAUAUAGAGUGCUAAAAUUCCCCAUAAUAUAUUCCCCCAUAUUGUGGUUCCUGAGUUAAGUAUUCACUGUGUAAUAGAACAAACUCUAAUAUAACCCCUGUUCAUAUAAUAUAUAGACGCAUGGAUGAUUUUAUUA